AUGAUAGUGCGACCAAUUGUCACCUACGGGGCGGUGGUGUGGGCACCGAAAGCAGAGCAGACGACGGUAGCACUCAAACUAUCGAAACUGCAAAGGCUUGCGUGCGUCUGUAUGACAGGAGCUAUGCGCACCUGCCCGACAGCUGCACUUGAGGCCCUGCUGGAGCUCACCCCGCUACACCUUCUAAUUGGUCAAGUCGCCAAGUACACUCUGCUUCAAAUGACAGCAGAGGGGACUGGCAUAGGUAAAAUAAUCUCGUCCCAACGCAUGGAAGAGCUAAGUGGCAUUAUACCACUGGCUUCUCUUCCAAGGGACGGCAUUAACAAAAAGCUGAACUUCACUAAGAAGUUUAAGAUCACCCUCGGCAGCAAGGCCGAAUGGAGCGACUCCGCAUUCGAGCUGCUACUCAGGGAUAGCUCGAUCAGGUGGUACACCGACGGCUCGAAAACGUCGGAGGGAAUUGGCGCAGGGGUCGCAGGACCACGCACAAAACUCUCCAUACCUAUGGGUAAGUUUCCGAGCAUAUUCCAAGCGGAGGUAUUAGCUAUAAGUCGGUGCGUAGAGUUGAACCUCCAACGCGGCUAUCGCAACGAACGUAUAGCUAUACUUAGCGACAGUCAAGCGGCACUCAAGGCGAUCUCGUCUUACGAGAUAAAAUCGCUAUUGGUGCAGGAGUGUAUAGACCGGCUCAACAGUCUUGCAGAAUGCAAUCAGGUGCACCUUAUUUGGGUGCCAGGCCACAGAGGCAUCGCCGGUAAUGAACUGGCCGAUAAGCUUACCCGCUCUGCAGCAUCCACCAGCAUGGUAGGACCGGAACCUUUCAUAGCGGUGGGUCCCCACACCAUAAAGGAGCAGGUCCGCAAUGAUGUAGCAGUGGGUAGGGAGAUACAUUGGCAACACCUUUCAGGCUUGCGGCACGCAAAGUUGCUGAUGAAGAGUCAUAGCCUCAAAAGGUUUAAAUGCAUAAUCAAUCUCCCAAGAAAUAAAAUCAGGCUACUGAUCGCCUUCUACACCGGCCAUUGCAAGCUGAAGAAGCACUUAUUCAACAUGGGCCUAGCUUCUUGUGCAAAUUGCCGGUUCUGCGAUUUGGAACCCGAAACUCCAGAACACCUGCUAAUGGAUUGCACGGCAAUCUGUGGGCUGCAAGGACCAAGGCCCUAG